AUGCCAUCCAACGAAGGCCCUCACGUUCUCCAAGCAGUCCCGAGAGUUCUUGUCAUUGGAGGCUCUUACUCUGGCCUCGCAGCCACCGUUAACCUCAUAGACCUAUGCAAUGGAAAGCAGCCUCGGUUCACUUCGACACCUUCGGAUGUUGUGUCUUCCAAGAGCAAAUUGCCUGUCGAUAUCACCAUCGUUGACGAGCGUGACGGCUAUUACCAUCUGAUCGGAAACCCGUUGGCCUUCGCUUCGGAUGACGCCGCCUCCAAGAGUUGGACAAGGUUUCAAGACAUCCCAGCAUUGAAGUUGCCCAAUGUAAAUUUCUUGCAGGGCAGUGUUGCGAGUAUCGACUGUGAGAACAAAGCCGUGUCGAUAGUAGAUACUGUCACCAAGCAAUACCGUCAAGGAAAGUAUGACUACCUUCUGGUUGCUUCCGGCCUUCGAAGGACUUCACCCGUAGUGCCCCAAGCAUUGAACAGAGACCAGUUCCUUGCCGAGGCCAAGUCACAUACCAAAGCAGUUAGAGAUGCAAAGGAGGGUGUAGUGGUGAUAGGUGGAGGGGCUGUUGGAAUUGAGAUGGCUAGCGAAAUCAAGACAAUCGAACCCUGGCAAAAGGUAACUCUUGUACAUUCUAGAGACAAGCUUCUAUCCGCGGAGCCCUUGCCAGACGACUUCAAAGAUCGAAGCCUUGAGACGCUCAGGGAGACCGGUGUAGAGGUAAUUCUGGGACAGAGGGUGACCGAAACCACCGCUGUACAGUCUGACGGUGAGCCCACCUCGUGGAAUCUCACCUUGUCCAGUGGGCAGCACAUCACCGCUGGACACGUCAUUGCAGCCAUAUCAAGAAGCACACCUACAUCAAGCUAUCUCCCACCCGCAGCUCUGGACAAGGACGGCUAUGUCAAGAUUGAUGCUUCCCUGCGAUUCAAUAGCGAUGUGCCAAAUGCAAGCAGCCACUUCGCGGCGGGAGAUAUCGCAUCUUGGUCUGGCAUCAAGCGUUGUGGAGGAGCCAUGCAUAUGGGUCAUUAUUGUGCUAUCAACAUUCAUCAAGACAUGCUCAAGAAUCGCUACGGGCAGAUACCAACCUACAAGGAGCUGUCAUUCUUCCCAAACAUCAUGGGCUUAGCAGUAGGGAAGAAAGCUGUUGUCUUUGACUCGACGAACGGAACUGCUUCUGGAGAAGACCAGAUGGCCGCUUACUUUGGCAAUGACCUGGCAAAUUCUAUCUGUUGGAAUUACAUGAAGCUUGGACAGGCUGUGGCUGUGUAG